UGAGCGUGGAGCCGCGUCCCUCUUGGCUGUCGGCGGCGACGGUGCAACUCUUCCUCGGUCGUCCCGAAGCCGGGCUCAUCCGACACCGUACCCGCCCAAGCUCGAACUCUAGCUCGUCGCCAUGCCUCCCAAAUUCGACCCCAACGAGAUCAAAGUCGUGUACCUCAGAUGUACUGGAGGUGAAGUGGGUGCCACGUCAGCUCUGGCUCCAAAGAUCGGCCCACUGGGUCUGUCUCCCAAGAAAGUGGGUGAUGACAUUGCCAAGGCUACCGGUGACUGGAAGGGUCUUCGUAUCACCAUCCAGCUGACUAUUCAGAAUCGACAGGCCCAGAUUCAGGUUGUCCCAUCAGCUUCUGCCCUCAUCAUCAAAGCCCUGAAGGAACCACCCAGGGACAGAAAGAAGCAAAAAAAUAUUAAACACACUGGCAGCGUCACCUUCGAUGAGGUGCUUAGUAUUGCCCGACAGAUGAGGCAUCGUUCUCUCGCCAGAGAGCUUUCAGGAACUAUAAAGGAAAUCCUUGGAACUGCUCAGUCCAUUGGCUGCAACAUUGACGGCAAACAUCCUCACAGUGUCAUUGAAGAGAUCAAUGAUGGCCGUGUCGAGUGUCCUACUGAAUGAAGAGGAAAUGCCGGAAACCAAACUUCCAACAACUUGUAAUAAAAUAACAACAUGUUGAUAUAAA